AUGUCAGAAUACAUCAAAUCCACUUUAGCAAACCUGCCUCAGAAAGUACACUCGUUACAGUCCCUCUCCUCUUACCGGCUCAGCCUGCUCAACAUCCAGUUUCCGACAAUUAACUUCCAAGGCAAGAGCAGUCUACCCACAAGGAACCCCAGGGCGUUCAUCAUCUUCGCCUUUCUACUUUUCCUUCUAUUCUGGAAAGAUAUUAUACGGGAUGUUUGCUCGCAUGUUGCGACCCGCCGCCUGCCAGUCCCAGUCGUCGAGGUCAGCUCAAUAAGGAACAACACACUUGGGUUCCAGAACAUAUUCGUCCUUUCUCUACCAGAACGAGGUGACCGAAGAACACCCCUCCUCGCCGCGGCAAAUGCGACAAACCUCACACUCACCGUGCUCGAUGCCAUACGAGACAGGCAAAUACCCCAAUCGGAUUGGCCUCAGUGGUGGGGAACGAACAAUUGGGUGCCGAAGGACGGGGAACUAGGCUGCCUCAUGUCCCAUGUGAGGACGUGGAGAAAGAUGAUACAUGAAAAUAUCUCGACCGCCCUGAUAAUGGAAAGCGACGUUGAUUGGGAUAUGCGGAUCAAAGACACCAUGGUUGGAGUAGGCGAUGGAGUGAAAGCGAUCGCUGAUUGGCCAUUCCCUGACCCUCAACACCCUCGAGACUUUUCCAAAGAACUAAGCCCGUACGGAGAUAAAUGGGAUCUCAUGUGGAUUGGGCAUUGCGGUAUCAAUGCCGACGGCGACGGUCGUAUCUAUGCGUUCAACGACUCCUCCGCAGCCGAUGAAGAUCAUGCCUGGAAUUUUGGCGAAAGGCCUGCAGAGGGGCAUCGGCCUCCAGGUACACGGAUCGUCUUUCAACCCCGCAAAACCGUCUGCACCACCUCCUACGCCAUGAGUCUUGCGGGAGCACGCAAGUUUGAGAAGUUAUUCAAGGAAGCCAACUCGCCUAUCGAUUUGAAACUGUGGGAUCACUGUGAACACGACCCAACGACUCGGUGCGUGGGCACAUGGCCGCAGGUCAUCAGCAUGACAGAGUCCAAAACCAACAUCAAGCACUCGGGAGGUGGCCUCUCCUUUGGACACGAGGUCACAGAGGAGAAGAUUGUCGCCGGCAAUGCGAUUCAAAUAUCCGCCAGGGUCAAUGCACAUCUAGGGUUAGCUGAUAAGGGACCCACGAAAUGGAAAUCAGAAUGGGUGACUGGGGAGAAGAAGAAGGAAGAGACGGCUGACGAUUUCACCGAUGAAAGCGAUUAG